AUGACGAUAUCUGAUCCAAACAGGAAAUUCGGAAAGCAAAUCCAGCGUCAUCAAUUGGACCUGCCUGAAUACGCUGCCAGUUUUCUCAAUUACAAGGCGCUAAAAAAGGAUGGCCAGCUCAUUAAACAACUCAGUGCGACUCCAACAAUCGCUGCCCGCGGCGAGUCAAACACUUCAGACAUCCAAGCCGCUCUCAGAGCCAACAAGGAGGUCUUCUUCUUUCGCCUGGAGCGAGAGAUUGAAAAAGUUAACGUCUUUUACAUCCAGAAGGAAGCUGAAUUCUCCCUACGGUUGAAGACCUUAUUGGACAAGAAGCGUGUCAUUCAAGCCCGCAUCGCAACCAGCUCCAAACUUUCCGCUAGUUUUGUCACACUAGUCGAGGGAUUUCAGCAAUUCGACAAUGAUCUGAACAAACUUCAGCAAUUUGUUGAGGUGAAUGAAACCGCGAUCUCCAAGAUCCUGAAAAAGUGGGACAAGACAUCAAAGUCUAGGACCAAAGAAAUAUAUCUGCAGAGAGCCGUCGAGAUCCAACCAUGUUUUAAUCGUGAUGUUCUUCGGGAUCUUGCAGACCGCGCCACAACCGCGAGACUCAAUUUGGAAGCGCUUGCUGAGGGCGAGAAUGUUCAGUUUGAACCAUCCACCAAUACGGAUCGCGCUAUUGGACAACGUGUCGGCACAGAAGAAAGCGACAUAGACCUCCAAAUUCUGCAAGCAUCGGUCGCUGGUAACAUCGGCGCAUUACGAGAAUGGUUUGCGAGGUUGAGCGCUCAGCCAGAUGCCAGUGAGCGGUUUACCAGGAUCUUUCUGGCAACAAUCAGCGAGGCGCCUGACGAGUCUAUUCAGGUCUUUCUCGGCUCCGAUUUGGUCGAUAUACACGCCGAGGAUGACAUAAAUGAGCGAAAUUGUCUCCAUGAAGCUACCAUCUAUGGCAAAGACUUGGUCCUCGAGCACGGUUUGACUCAUGGAGUCGAUGUUACACGGUUGGAUGCCUAUGGUCGGGUACCUUUACAUUAUGCCUGUUUGCGAGGUCGAGUGGGCAUGGUACAGAAGCUUUUGACCGCUAAUCCUGGAACCAUCGACUUCAAGGACCAUGACAGCUUUACCCCUCUGAUUCACAGUAUUGUCCGCCACCGAAUCGAUUGUGUACGACUCCUUCUGUCCAGAAAUGCCAGAAUUGAUCCCCAGUCUGACGCAGAUCACAUUCCACUCAACCUGGCUUGCCAACAUGAAUCCGUCGAGGUCGCCACGCUAUUGCUCGAAUACCGCGCAAAACUUCUUCCGGAUGCCGAAGGUCUUUUCCCGCAACACCUGGUCGCCCGUUCUAGUCAAACAGCCGAUCUACUGUUAUUACUCGGCAAACACGGAGCCGACUUGAAUCAGCGGGAUAAACUCUAUCAAUGGACACCACUCUUUCAUGCGGCAAGCGAGGGCAGAGUCAAUUGUCUACGCGCACUGCUGGAGAGUGGUGCCGAUCCCGAUGCACUCGACGAGAAAGGUCUUACUGCCAUGUACUACGCCACCUGGGAAGGUCAUCUUGAAUGCAUGGAUCUUUUGUGGGAAAGAAGUCGACGACACCUGGAGCGAAGAUCAUCAUCAAGAGUGGGGCAAGUUCUUCCUCCUCGAAGUCAACUGGGCGCGAUGGAGAUCACACCAGAGGAACCAGCCAUGAGUCUCGAAGGUGACGGGAUUCCAGACUUGUCCCUACCGCCGCCAAUCAUCCCAUUAAGGCGAUAUGGACACAACUUCCUCGACACGAAAACAUUUGUGGCCAUCAAUUUCGACCAAUGUGGAAAAGCUAUUCAAUUUUUCAACGAAGCCCGCUAUCCUGCGGCACGUUUGACCAUUUCAUCCAAGACCUCCGAUCUCAUUCCUCGUAAUCUGAUGUUGCCAAUCCAGGAAGAUUCGCGAUCCGUGUAUUUCCAGAUCGACAAUCUCAGCACCUUCUCAGUCGAUUUUGAAAUCUUCCCCACAUUUGGCUCCAAAGUCAUCGCGAAGUCUGUGGCACUGCCAGAUGUCUUCCAGGCUGUGCAGAGUAGCUCUGGAACCAGCUGUCUCCCCCUUUUCGACCCUCGUCUGCGUUCCGUCGGGCAAAUCAAAUUCAGUUUCCAGGUGAUCAAGCCAUACACCGGCACCCCCCUCGAGAUCACACAGUUUGCCACAUAUUGGAAGGCGACGAGCGCUUUGGACGACCACAGCGGCCUGGUAACCGGCUCAAGUCUGUCUGGAGACUACGUCAGGCUUGUCGUUCAGCUCACACGAGAUGGCAUUCCAGUUAUCUACCCCUCGUAUUUCAUCUCCUACAAUAGCCUCGACGUCUCACUCUGUCAACUGAAAUAUGAGACCCUGACCAGACUCAACCUCACGGGCUCUCUGCCCCCGAGCCAGGCGACUGAUCCCCUUGACAUACUUGAAUGGCGCAAGAAACUCACAGGCCCGAUCUUCACGCUCCGCGAGAUCCUCGCCGUGGUACCGCCCCACAUCAACUUCAACCUACACGUCCUCUAUCCCUCCACAUCCGAAGACAUCAGUCUCGGCGUGCACUCGAACAUCGACGUCAACACGUUCGCGGACGCCAUCCUAACGGAAGUCUUCGACCACGCACGCGCCCUGCGCACCCGCGCCGCGGACCUCUCGCGCUCCAUCGUUUUCAGCUCCAUCAACCCGAACGUCUGCACGGCGCUGAACUGGAAACAGCCCAACUUCCCCGUGCUGCUGUGCAAUGAUCUGGGCCGUUCGCCCAACACCGCGAGUCCGCGAGACCCAACCAACCCGGCGCCCUCGAUCAAGGAAUCCGCCCGUCUGUCCAUCACUAACAACUUCAUGGGCAUGACCUGCUCGUCGCGCAUUCUGGAGAUGGUCCCCGCGCUUGUCGACACCGUCAAGCAAUCCGGUUUGGUGCUCGUGUCGGAUGCUUCGGACGAAGCCGCCCUGUCUCCGACCGCUCUCGCACAGAGUCGCGCUGACACCGGUUGGUCUAUGAUGCCCGAAGGUAUCAAUGGCAUUAUGAAGGGGAACGGCAUCUUGCGGUUUAAUGAAACGAUUGACAUGUGA